AUGGCACCCAGUCUCCCAACCCGUCAGUUGGGCAAAGAUGGACCACAAGUCACAGCAAUAGGCUUUGGACUGAUGGGCCUGUCCAUCUUCUAUGGGAAAAAGCUCCCGGAUGACCAGAGGAUGAAGUUUCUGGACCACGUCCUCGAGUCAGGGGAGACCUUCUGGGAUUCUUCGGAUGUGUAUGGAGAUAGCGAGGACUUGCUAGGCCAGUGGUUUAAGAAGACCGGGAACAGGAGCAAGAUCUUCCUGUGCACCAAGUUUGCCAAUAUCCGCCAGCCGGAUGGAACAUCAAAAGUCAACAACGACCCAGCCUAUAUUCGCGAGGCAUGCGCCAAAUCCCACAGACGCCUCGGUCUGGAGCCAGGCGAUGCCAUUGAUCUGUACUAUUGCCAUCGUGUCGACCGCAACCAGCCAAUCGAGAUCACAGUGCAGACGAUGGCUGAAUUGAAAAAGGAAGGCAAAAUCCGUUACCUUGGGUUGAGCGAGUGUUCGGCUGAAACGCUGCGACGGGCUUGCAAGGUGCACCACAUCGCCGCAGUCCAAGUCGAGUAUUCGCCGUUUUCCAUGGAGAUUGAGCACAACGACCUCUUGAAGACGUGUCGAGAAUUGGGCGUCGCGGUCGUGGCUUAUUCGCCCUUCAGUCGAGGGUUUCUUACAGGCACGAUCAAAUCGCACGACGACUUUGAGCCGGAAGAUCGACGCCGCGCCAUGCCUCGGUACUCGAAAGACAACUUCCACAAGAACAUGGAGCUUGUAAACGCCAUCACCGCCAUCGCCGAGAAGAAAAAUGACACGCCGGGUCAACUGACGCUGGCCUGGCUCAUGGCCCAAGGCGACGACAUCAUCCCCAUUCCCGGCACGACCAAAGCGAAGAACUUUGACGAGAACAUGGCCAGUUUGAACAUCCAGUUGACGACGGAAGAAGAGAAGGAGAUCAGACAGAAGGUCGAGGCUGCCGAGAUCACAGGGGCCCGGUAUCCAUCAGCCAUGCAGGGCAACCUUUACGCGGACACUGUUCCUCUCAAGGCCUGA